CAAAUAGGAAAAUACCCAGCGGUCAAGCUUUCAUGCGUUUCACCUCGUUUCAUCCCCUUCCAACCCUCGUUGGCCUAUACUUUUGCGUGUCAACACAAGCUAUCUCUGUUUUUUCGUUCGUCAAGCAUGUUCUUGUCUCGCUCUUUUCACACUUUGCCGAAGUUCGACGUGCUCCGCGUUGUGUAUUUACACACCGAGCUCAUGGAAUAUCUUUGUGUGUGUAGAAAACCAUUUUGACAGCACCGUCAUUCUUCGGUCGUCAUAUUUUAUGUUGCUUUCGAAGUGCAAGGUUUGGUUAGUUUAUUGCAUAGAAUAGGGAGAUAAAAUGGUUAUAAAAGGAUAGAAAUGGCUUCGAAUCGAAAGAGCACGCGUUUUUUUAAAGUGACUGGAUAGUUUAGUUAGGGAUGUGAAGUUGAAAAACUACUUGGAAAUAGGGAAGAUGCUUGACCAGCGUGCCUCCGGAACAAGGUGGUGCUGAACCUGUUUCAUGGCUGCUGAGAGUCUGGUACAUCCGAAACAAUUUAUUGGCACGGACCGCAGAAAACCACGCAAACAAAGUGUACAAAGUACCAUGCAGAGAGGACAAAAUUUUACACCACAUAAACCAACACAUUUGCCCGCAUUUUCCAGCAAGUGAAGUGUAAGCGAGAAAUUUGUGAAUAAAAUUAUAAUAAUAAAAAAAACAUUUCAUUUUAUGUCCUUUUUAAUUGAUGACAACUUUCCACUAUGCAUAGCCAAUAACGCACCCAUACCUACGCGGCACUACACACUAACACAUGCGCAAAAAAAGUCUUCGUUAAGCGGCUUCUUAGUGGCUUCUUAAUGUCCUUAAGAAGCCACUAAGAAGCCCGCUUAACGAAGAAUUUGACCGCUGGGUAGUUUCUAAUUCAUUGCUUCCUGCGAUGUAUCAGAGCACUUUAGAAAAGGUGAAGGAAAAAUUGAGCGCAGCAAAAUACGUUUCCUUGACAACCGAUGGUUGGACAAAUGUAAAUAACGUUAGUUUUUAUGCAGUCACAUCUCAUUUUAUUGAUGGCAACGGGUUAUUAAGUUCAUAUCUGUUAGAAUGUUCAGAAUUUCCAGGGAGCCAUACUGGUGAAAAUAUUUCGAUAUGGUUGAAAACAGUAAUGAACAAUUUUCAAAUAUCUGAAAACACUAUCGCAAUAGUAACGGAUAGUGCGGCAAACAUGAAAUUGGCAGUUUCAAAAUUGAAUAUUAAACACAUCCCAUGUUUUGCUCAUUUACUGAACUUAAUAGUUCAAAAUGCCAUUAAGUUAAGCAUUAAAUAAACCGUGGAAAAGGUGAAAAGUAUAGUGAUGAAUUGCAAAAAAAGUUCUCUUGCUACACAAAAGUUAAAAGACAUGCAAACAAAAUUAAAUCACCCCAUUUUAAAGCUCAAGCAAGACGUACCUACAAGAUGGAAUAGUACUUAUGAAAUGAUUGAUAGGUUCUUAAAAAAUAAGGAGCCAUUGCUUUCAUGCAUUGCUGUACUAGGAAUUAAGUCUGAUUUGAUAGCAGAAGAUUGGGCUUUGAUGGAACAUGCUGUAAAAUUAUUAGUGUUUUUUGGCACAGCCGUUAGUUAGUUAGUUUGGCAAAAACGUUAGUUCGUCUAAAUCUAUCACAUUGUCAACAUCUGUAGUUUUAAGUAAGUUUCUGAAGAAUCACUCAAGAAACGCGUAAGUAGAUAGUGACAUUUGUAAUGCUGUCCAAAAUAUGGCAAAACAUUUGGUACAAGGUAUUGAGGAAAAGCUAAACCCCAUCAAUGAAAAUGAAAUUGCAUUAAAAGCGCUUUUAUUAGAUCCUCGAUAUAAAGAACAGGGAUUCAUGAAAGAUGACUCUGCGUUUUCCGAAACAUAUGACAAAAUUGUUCAAUGCAUAAUAAGUCAGUCUAAUGAGUCUUAUCAAUCGCAAGAUGAAAAUGUUCCCUUAGAAAAUCAAAGAGACGAAUAUGAAGAUCGCUUAUGGGCGAACUACGAUUUAGAAAGCAAAACGAUGCAAUCAAGCAGCACUCCUAGAAACAACGCUGUGAGCGAGUUAGAUAAUUUUUUAAAGGAACCUUGUAUAAACCGUCGUGACGAUCCAAUUAUUUGGUGGAAAAACAAUGAGGCACGGUUCCCAAACCUGUUUAAAAUAAUGCUAUCCGUUUUAUGUGUGCAAGCAAGUUCUGUGCCUUGCGAACGAUUUUUUUCCAGAGCUGGAAACAUUUGCACUGAAAAAAGAAACAGAAUGUUACCAGAAAAAAUAGAACAGCAAAUCUUUGUGAACCAUAACUAUAAAAAUUAAAAUAAAAUAAAUAAUACAAAAAUUUAAGCAAUACAAACAAGUGUAACAAAUUACAAUUAAAAGAAGCUGUCUGAUUCAUAUGUAGGGUAUGACUAUUCUUACAUGACAAAAAUGAUUAAAUAAAAACGAUUUUUUGUAACCCAGGUUAACGAUUCGAUACUUUUUCAAAAAAAUCGAGUUCCGAACCGAUCCUUUUUUUGGAACUUUUCCAACACUAGUUGUUACAAUUCCACCGAAAAAGAAAAAGCGAGAAAAGUGGGUUAAACGGUUACACGCCAAACGGCGUGUAAAAUUUUUUCCACGCCAAUAUGAUAGAGGAGUUAUGGCUUGAACCGCAUGAUUGGCUGAAUUAUGUAAGGAUGAACGAGGAAUUCUACUUCCUGCUACUACAAAAAGUCACACCUGUGAUUGAACGCAAAAAUACGCAUUUCAGAAUGGCGAUCAGUGCACAUGAAAGAUUACGUGCAACGUUGCGUUUUCUAAUCAGCGGUGGAACGUACUGCGAUGUACGGUUUCGCACAGGGAUUUCAAUUCCAUUAUAUUUAACAACCCGUCAUUUUAAAUUUCGAUUUGGCAGGAGCAUAGGAAAAACCAACUUUGUUCCAAGAUUGCGAUUCCACAUGAGUCAUGGUGUUUUCUGUCAAAUAGGGCAGUGUUGUAAACAAACGGUAUUUACACCGACCGCCGCUGUCACUGCGGUUUCUAAUGUCGACAUAAAUGUGUAGAUCUUGUCAUUCGAUCAAAACGGCUAGAACCGUGGUGAGUUUAGGUUUGCGAAAAAACUUAUAAAAUGGGCGGGAUCACAAACAACGAACCUCUUUUGUAGAAAAUCGGCAAGGAAUAAAGCAACUAAUUUUUUGGUUCGCAAUAGCGUUCCUAAAGAAAGUCUUGAAAAAGCCGCGUUUUUCUACAUUCCAAAAAAUUAGUUAUAUUCGUUACUAUUCGCAACUUAUUUGCUUCGAACUACUAAUUUCGGGCGCGCUUCUACAAAUUCCGCUAAAAGGUGUAAGUAUUAUCCACCGGGGAUAAUCGCGAAAGCGAGUAAAGUAUCGGGAGUGCAAUUGUGAUCAGUGCGCGCGAGUGUAAAAGGUGAAUCGCGAGAUGGAACACGACGAUCUGACGGUGCAAGACGGGCGUAUGACGAGCCAGCGAGAGGGCCAUGAAACACCCUCGAUUGACCGGCCGGCAGAGCACGACAACGUAGUCGCGGUGAAUACGACGCCAUCGUGUUCAGCUCAAGUACCCGUGGCCGUCGAAGGAUCGCCCCAGAGCGAAGGGAGGCUAAGCCACCGAGGCGAGCAAACUAUGCAAACCCCGUGGGGAUAUUUUCCGGUAAGAUACACAAACGUCGGUACGGCGAACGUGACACCGCAGAUAGCCCGGCCGCUCCCUAACCAGAAAUCGACAAGCGCACAAAACGAUCAUACACAACCGGACUUCGCGGGAGGCGUCAAUGAUGGCGCAUCCAACUCAGCGAUGGCGAACACUCAUCGGACAGUGACCCCUGGCUGGUUAAUGACCUCCGAGCAGGAACUACGAAGGAAGCAGCUUGAGCUUGAUCGUUUAAAAAUCGAAGUGCAACAAGGUUUAGUGGAACUCCGCGAGCGUGAGCUGGAGUUAUUAAAAAUAGGUCGAGUAGAUGCGCGCGAACCACCUACCGAAUUGGAAAAGGCGAGUGCAUGGCUGCUGAACAAAGAAAAUGGUGUUUCAACUGACGCUGCGGAAAGGCCCAUCGGAUCCUUCGAAAAGGUCCAACGCUCUCGAUAUGCGGAUAACCCGACCACAGCCACACGAAACCCAGCAACGUUAUAUGAAGCAACUACGCCAUGUGAUCCGGAUUUCCGGGAGUGGCAACGCGCGCUCGAUGAACUUCUGUCGCGAGAUCCUCGCAACAGGCACAAGACGACGCACGGAAACGGUAACAACUUUGGACACAGCACUUUGGCACAACCAUUCGGACACGAGUAUCAACACGGCACAUCGGCACAAACACACGCUCAAUUAUACGGACACAGCACCUCUUCACCACCCCGCGUACAAGAUCGCGGAUACAACACCUUCGCACAGCCUCAUGGACCCGUUCACCAGGCUAGCGCAUUUACACAUCCACACACGAUCGCACCUGGAACUCACCCGUACAACCCGUUGACUGAUGGACAUGCAGGAACUUUCGGAUAUUCCGGAUACACAUUCUUGAGCCAAUCCCAAAUUGCCGCACGAAAGGCCAGCGGAAGAGAGUUGCCUACCUUCUCAGGAUCGGCAGAACAGUGGCCACUCUUUAUUGCAAGCUACGAGCACUCUACGGCGGUCUGCGGUUAUUCCGACGAUGAAAACCUGAUGAGGUUGCAGAAAGCGUUGAAAGGAGCUGCAUUGGAAGCGGUGAGUUCGUUGCUGUUGCUGCCAUCGGGAUUGAAGGACGCUAUAGCCACACUCAAGCUGCGCUUCGGUAGACCUGAUGUGAUUGUGGACGCGUUGAUAGAGAAAGUGAGGAGCAUGCCAGCACCAAGAGCUGAUAGACUGGAGACUUUGGCCGACUUUGGAUUCGCGGUACGAAACAUGUGUGCGACCAUCAGGGCGUCUGGGCUGCCCGAAUACACAUGCAACGUAGUCCUGAUGAAGGAGCUGGUAUCGAAACUGCCGCCGACGACCUGCAUCGAGUGGGCGAGACAUCAACAGCGGUUACCCAGCGUAACGUUGACGGAGUUCGGAAGUUGGAUCAGCGACCUAGCAGAGGCUCUUAGUAGAGUGGUUCCCGUAAGAUCUGACGGACCGUCAGACACAGACCGCCGGCGCAGUGGGAAACCUUCACGACCAGAGCAGCGUCAUCCGACCACCACGCACAUGAACAUGCACGCUACAGCCCCGAGCGGUAAGUACACUCCUCCUACACCUAAAUGUUCCGCAUGCCAGGGAGAGUGUGCAAGCCUAGUCGAUUGUCAACGGUUCCUCGAGAUGACGGUAGCUGCAAGAAAGGAACACGUAAGUGAAUGUAAACUGUGCCGAAAAUGUUUAAAAUCUCAUAAGGGAUGGUGCCAUCUUAAAACGCUCUGUGGUUUGAACGGCUGCGAGGCGAUGCAUCACAAGCUGCUUCAUGGGGCCUUGAGUACCAGUAACGCGCCGGAGAAGCACUGUUUAACGCAUUCCGGCUCAAAUGAUCGCACCUUGUUCCGUUAUGUCCCGGUAAUGGUACGUGGUAAAGACGGCAGAGUGGUUCACACCUACGCGUUUCUCGACGAAGGAUCAUCGUCGACCUUUAUGGACCACAGUCUGAUGGAAGAGUUGGGUUUGAGUGGUAUGUCCCGGCCGUUGUGUCUCAAGUGGACAGGAGAUACAACCAAAGAUGAAAAGGCCUCCGUCCAAUUAGCGGUGCAGAUCUCUGGUGCGUACAAAGGGGCUCCCGUACACGACUUGGCUAAGGUGCACACCGUUACCAAUCUAGCGUUACCCUCACAGUCGAUUGAUAUGCAACAAUUGGAAGCAGCGUACCCACACUUGAAACGUUUGCAGUUAACUUCUUACACCAAUGCUGUACCUCGACUUCUAAUUGGUGUAGACAACUGUAGAUUGGGAAAAUCUCUAAAAUGUAUAGAAGGAAGGAUGAACGAACCAAUUGCAUCAAAAACGCGCCUGGGCUGGAUUAUAUACGGACCGUGUCCGAUUGCAACCGCUAACGUGACUGGAGGUUACAGAAACUUUCAUAUUUGCAGAUGCGAGAGAAACAACGAUGAUCUGCUGACGGCUGAGGUCAAGGCAUAUCCCUCUCUGGAUUCGCUAGGUAUCAUUAAACUUCCGCGUCCUCUCAAAUCCAAGCACGAUGAACAGGCGUUGGCGAUACUUAGCAAGGAAACGAAGCUGCAGGGUGACAGGUUCGAAACAGGACAACGUUGGAAAUACGACGACAACCGCUUGCCGUGUAACAAAGCUGCCACCUUGAAACGCCACGUGAUCCCGAAGUUGACAAAAACACCGGAUAUAACACCAAGCCGCUGGUUCAACGAGCCGAGUUUCCUAUGGGACCCAGAGUCGAACUGGCCGAUAUAUGAAGCACCUACUACGAGCACCGCCGAGAAACUACGUCCCAACGUGCUACAUCACAGUAUCGCUGAUCGGUUAAUAGAUUUUAACCGCUUUUCCAGAUGGAAAAAGCUUCUACGAACAGUAAGAUAUGUAGUAAGGUUCAUUGCUAACGUCCGUCGUGCCAUGCGGAGACACAUCUUUUUAGGAGGACCUCUAACGCAGGAGCAACUGGCGCAAGCUGAGUGUACUCUGUUUAGCAGAAUACAAGCCGAUGUCUAUGCACGCAAGAUAUGUUGCCUGAAAAGGGAGCCACCCCGGUCGCAGCCAUGGAAGAGCGGAGUAGAGAAGAACAGCCCGCUUUACAAACUUUCGCCGGUACUCAACGCACACGAAGUAGUGAGGAUGCGAGGACGACUAGCCGGUACCUUGAAUGUCAGCGAAAUACUCCGCCAAAGGGGAAUUAUAUUUACCUGUCUGACGUCCCGAGCGAUGCACCUGAAGAUGGCUCAUUCACUGACCACGGCUUCCUGUAUCAUGGCGAUUCGACGUUUUGUUCGACGUGGAAAACCCUGGGAGAUGUUUUCGAAUUUGGUCGGUUCGGCACGGGAACUGGAAGAGGCACUUCAAGCUGUUGACGUCGACGCGCUGAUGGCUGAAUUUGCUGGCCCGGAUAUGAAGUGGAGCUUCAACCCGCCGGCUGCCUCACACCUCGGCAGAUGCUGGGAGCGGUUGGUCCGCUCUGUAAAGAAGGUUCUAGACGACGAGAUGGACACCCCGCUGACGAAAAACCAUCUACUGCUUGGAACCUCCAACGGAUCGAAGCCGCCCGUCGUAUUUACCGAGGGUGGUGCCGUCGUGAAAUCAGCUUGGCGAGCCGCUCAGCACUUCGCCGACUUAUUCUGGAAGAGGUGGAUAGCCGAAUAUCUUUCUAGGUUGACCCGUCGAUCGAAGUGGAUCGAAAACGUGCGGCCAAUCCAGCUGGGUAACACUGUAGUAGCAAUUGAUAACUGUUUACCGCGCAACAGUUGGCCAAAAAAGUCGUGUGAUCGAGGUAGUUAG